AUGUCCAUCGAAAACCUCAAGUCCUUUGACCCCUUCGCCGAAGCCGACGAAGACACCGGAGAGACCAAGCAGGCGCAGAAUUACAUUCAUAUCCGUAUUCAGCAGCGCAAUGGACGCAAGACCCUGACUACAGUCCAGGGUCUCCCCAAGAAGUUCGACCAGAAGAAGAUCCUCAAGGUCAUCAAGAAGAAGUUCGCCUGCAAUGGCACCAUUGUCGCGGACACUGAGAUGGGCGAGGUAAUUCAGCUUCAGGGAGACCAACGCAAGGACGUUCAGGAGUUCCUCACGGACAAGAAGGAAGGUCUAGGCUUGGAUGCCAAGACCAUUAAGAUUCACGGUUUCUAA